CCGCGGACGCAAUCGCAGAUGAUCAUCAUGAAGUAGCGAGUGAGUGAGAGAGCAGAGCAGCGCAAAUUUUCGGCUGCUCAUCAGACAACCAAAAGGGAGGUUAUCACCAGAGGUACCACACACUGGGAACAAGAGAGAGAGAGAAAGGAGAAAAAGAGAGUUGGGAUUUGCGAGUAGCGAGAGACAGUGAGAGAACUCUUUGAGUUUUCUGUUUUCUCCCCCUCGCCUCCCAGUGAUUGAUCCUCGUGAACACUGAACAGGUGCAGUCCGAUUGGACGCUGAAUAGUUGGCGCAAGUUGGCGUUGUAGUACCAAAGUACUUUAUUGUGCUUGAUCUUGAUGCUCGCUAUCAACCUCUCAAGUUAUAUAUUAUAUUUAUAUCGUAUACGACAAAUACGUGUGGAAUUUAUGUGUCUGAGAUAAGUAUAUUUAAAUUCCCAACAAUGUGUCCGUGGUGGUUUACUAAUUCACAGAUGAAGUAGUCGUACAGUGGAGCGAACAAGUGAUCCCGCUUGUGGUUUUCCAAACCCAGUUAUAAUUAUCAUCCAUAAAAUUUAACUGUACUGGGUUGUUAUCGGGCAGUGAAAAUAAUUAAUAAUAAUAAUAAUAAUAUUGUAAGUAAUAUUAGAUAAACACAAAUAAGUUAUUUGCCGGACGGCAUGAAUGUUUACAACGCCUCGUCAGCGGCCACCACCGUCGUCACGUCUUCCUCAGCCGCGGCAGUCGGAGCAGUUGAGGGUACCGAUGACUGGGUUGAAUUUUGUGACAGACACGCCCGCGCAGCGGCUUCUGAUUUCGCCAAGGCGUUUUGCACAUACGUCAGCCUGAAUUUGCCAGAAAGUGCCCGGACCACCCUCUCGCAUCGUGAUUUUUUACGUAAAUUUGUCGAGACCUUCUGCGAGCACUUUGAACACGAGUACCUCAGACGUAGCGCCAGAUCUCCAUCAUUCCACGACACACGACACGUGAUACCCAACUCCACUAGUCAAAACAAUCGAGCACCCGUACGAGCAUCAUCAAAUGAAGAAUUUAGUGAUUACUCAGACCGCGAUGGCGAGGUUGUGUCACCAAAACCUGUACAUAAACCAUUUUUUCGACGUCUCUCCUUCAAGGGAUUCAAAAAAGGCCGGGGGUUUUUUCAUAAACAGCAGAGUGAUGAAGUUGAACUGUCACACAGUGAGAGCAGAAAAGACAAACAUACAAAGUCGAAGCUGUCAAAAAUAGUUGUCGAGUGCAGGAAAGAGGGUGUCGUCAAUACGUUGAUGGGAGAAAAUUCGGACGGGACACAAAAAUGGGAAAAGUCACGCUUGGCGCUUAUAAAGGCCAUUGGCGGUUACAUGCUGGAGUUUUAUUCACCCCCGAAAGCUGUAAAACCACGUGGUGGGGUAUUUUGUUCGGCUAUAACAGAAGCACGGGAAACAACGGCUUUGGAAAUGCCAGACCAUGAAAAUACAUUUGUAUUGAAAACCCAAAAUGCUGAAUUUGUUAUCGAAGCACACGAUUCUGCGGACAUGAGAUCGUGGUUAGCUACCAUUAAAUACUGCAUGCGUUCGGCGUUUUUAAAUUCAACGACAAAUGAUUCAGCGGGUGAUGGUCUGGGCCAUGGUUCUGCUUCAGGACAAGAUGGUGAUCGUGUAAGAGCCAAUUCCGCAAGUAAAACCUCACGAGCGGGAUACGAUCACGGUAAUGAUCUGGCUCAUCCACCAGAAUUGCCUCCUAGACUUCGAACCCGCAGCAAUAGUAAUCUCGAGCUGUGCUCAUCUCAGCAAGAAAUCGAACAAAUGAGUGGUAAUGAAGGGGAACCAGACUUGGCUGUUAGUUUAAGAGAAUAUCCAUGGUUUCAUGGUACAUUACCACGAUCAGACGCAGCACAACUUGUCUUGCAUAAUGCAGCAAAUGGUCAUGGUGUUUUUCUAGUGCGACAAAGUGAGACGAGAAAAGGAGAAUUUGUAUUAACAUUUAAUUUUCAAGGAAGAGCUAAGCACUUGAGAAUGACACUAAAUGAUCAGGGUCACUGUCGCGUCCAACAUCUGUGUUUUCCCGCGAUACUUGACAUGCUGGAUCAUUUUCGUCAGAAUGCAAUACCUCUGGAGUCAGGCGGAACUGCGGACGUUAUGCUGACAGAAUUUGUUGUUGCUAAUCACGCAUUACGUCCAUUAUCAUCACAUCCAGUAAUUAAUACAAAUGCACAACAACAAAACCCAGCUCUGGAGAGGAGACCUUUGGCUGUACCGGAGUCAAGAGAAGUCCAGACAUAUGGCGGAUCCAUAAGGACAAGAGUUGAGUCUUUGGAAAGACUCGAGCAGCAGCAGCACAAUGUUAAUAACAGUGUGGAUCAACAAGCAUCGACCUCAGCAUCCUCAAGCAAUAGAGCUGUACAAAACGCCUACAGUUUUCUCUGACGUUGGAUUCGCAGCACUUUGCCCUCGGGAUACCGUUUGGUCAGUCCACCUGAAUAAAUAUUAUUACUACUCGAAAAAAAACCUUUUGCAUUAAUAGCUUAUAAAAAAAAGUCUUAAAUCAAUUCACUCGGUCGGAUCCAAUGACUGAGUUUUUAAAAUUUCUAAUGUCUAUAUUCUCAAGCUAUAUUUUGUGGAUAUGGAUUUAUCGAUAUGAAUAUAAAUGUUGGUGUAAUUUAAAAACUGGUAAAUUUAUUAAGGUAAAAACUUGAAGCUCAAUGAAACUUCGCUGUAUACGAUUGAAGUUAAAAGUCGCGGUAAAUGGUUUUUUAUUUAAAUACUUUUCCUGUAAGACUGCCGCUUCCCAAAUCGAAUGCGCGUACGAUAUUUUUUUCGACUGCAUUCAAGCCUCAGCUCAAUAUUUAAACUGUUGAAUACAUAAUCUUUGAAAGCAUAUUUUGAAAAAGCCAAAAGAAUAAUGAAAUUUUAAAAUAAUCAUGUUACUCAAUGACGCUUGGAAUUACAGAAAUUAUAUACAUAUAUAUAUUUAUAUAUUUUCAUCAUUUAAUGUGGUGACAAAAAGAGAUGGAGAUUAAAUCCAGAAUAAUAGUUUUACGAAUCAUUUAAAUUGUACAUACUAUACUUUUUUUUUCAAUUUCGCGGCAGCUUUUUAUGUGAACGAAAUAUUUAUUGCCCGCUUGGUUUUUAAUCAAUCAAUUAUACAAAUCAUUAUACAUUAUUGAACGACAUUGCUCCGAAUUAAGACUGCCUCCUGCUUAUUAAUCAAUUUAUAUUAAUGUGUAUAGAUCAUAUAUAUUUUCAAUAUGUUAUUUUUUAUUUUUAUUAUUAUAUUUUUUUAUGUUUGAAUGUAAUUCAAAUUUUUUUUAUUUGUUUAAGGGCAUAUUCAGACAGUGUCCCCUUCCACUUUUCAAAAAUUUUGAAUGACUUUCCUCUGUCAUAAUCGUAUUAAAAUUUGAUUAAUUAGCCCUUCAUCCUUCAGAAUCCGCGUUAGAGCAUCGUAAAAAAAUACCCGCGUAGUGAGAAAAAGUCUUACGCUUCGGCGUAUUCGUGAUCGCGCGAAAAUUUUAAACUUUUAAGGGCAUUCUCAGACAUUGCCCCCCACUUUUUAAAAAUAUGCAAUGACUCAACUGUCAACCGUAUUAAAAUUUUAUUAAUUAAUUAAAAAAAAAUUAAAACCUUAAUUGAAAAAAGGACAACGUAGUCGUAAUUUUGUUGAGAUAUAGAAUUUUGAAAAAAAUUACUUACAAUUGAUAUCAAGUGGGAGUUAAACGAAAUUUGUUGAAUAAAUUUUAGCCAACAAAAUUUAAAAAUUCGAAUGAUAAAAUUGACAUGACGAUUUUACUGAAAUUUAUUUAAUAUUUUGUUUAACUCCUAAUUGAUAUCAAGUGUAAAUAAUUUUUUUUUUAAAUUUAUAUAUCGGCGAAAUUACGACUACGUUGUCCUUUUUUUAAUUAAUGCUUCAAUUUUUUUUUAAUUAAUUGAUAAAAAUUUGAUACGCUUAUGACAGUUGAAAGUCAUUGAAAAUUUUCAAAAAAUAGGGGGUACUGUUUGAGAAUGGCCUUAAUAGAAAACGUUAAGUAGAAAAAUAAUAUUAUGCACUUACCCAGUAAUGACGCAAUUAUAAUUUAUUUGAAUCUGUCUGGGAAUGUCCUUAAAUAAUUAUAAAUAAUUGUACUAUAAUCGAAAAGCCAUAGCUAAUUAAUUUAAAUCUAUUAUUACUAUAAUUAGUUAUUAUUUGCCACGAAAAAUAACAAAACCAAGAGACUGGUAAUGUCACAAUAAUUUGUUGAGUCCUGAAAAAGAACAAA